AUGUCGGCUAACUAUCCUACGCCUCUAUACGAUCACGCGGCGCGGGGAGACUUCCGCGACGUUUACGAGCCGUCGGAGGAUUCGUUCCUGCUCAUUGACGCGCUGGAGAAAGAUGUUCACAAGCUUCAGCAGCUAAGCGGGCCGUGCGUGUGUGUGGAGGUUGGCAGUGGUUCUGGGGUAGUGUCGGCCUUCCUGGCAUCCCUGCUCGGACCUUCGGCCAUCUAUUUUUGCACGGAUGUGAAUCAUGCAGCAGCGCUGUGCACCACAAAGACUGCAUCACGCAACUCUGUGGCCCUCGAACCCAUCAUCACAGACUUGGUGGAAGGUCUAUUACCCAGGCUGAGUGGAGAAGUGGAUGUGCUCCUUUUCAACCCUCCAUAUGUGGUCACACCAUCCUGUGAGGUCGGCAGCAAAGGCAUAGAAGCUGCUUGGGCUGGUGGAAGGAGAGGCCGUGAGGUAACAGACAGAUUUUUACCAAUUGUAUCCAAGUUGCUGUCCAGUCGAGGGCUCUUCUACUUGGUAACUAUAGCAGAGAAUGAUCCAGAGGACAUUAUCCAGAUGCUGAGUGAAUACGGACUGCAGGGAAACCCAUGCCUGUCAACCAGAGCUGGAAACGAGAGGCUGACAGUUCUGUGCUUCCAUUGGCACAAACAUGCAUGA